AUGUCCACACCGCUGGAGGACGCAAUGGUCACCUUGAUCAGGAUUUUCCAUCACUACUCUGGCAAAGAAGGAGACAGAUACAAGCUCAGUAAAGGAGAACUCAAGGAGCUCCUCACCAGUGAGCUCACUGACUUCCUUUCAGGCCAAAAGGACCCCCUUCUGGUUGAUAAGAUUAUGAAAGAUCUGGACUCCAAUAAAGACAAUGAAGUGGAUUUUAAUGAAUUUGUCAUUCUGGUUGCUGCUUUGACUGUGGCAUGUAAUGAUUUCUUCGAAGAACAGCUAAAGAAAGAGGGAUUUUAA